AUGUUUUCUCGGCUCGCCUUAAACACAGCAAAGCGUUCAGUACGUUCGCUUGCUAGACCUUCCAACCAGGUCAGAUUUGCUUCUACCAAGCCUACCGUCGCUCAACAUCCUAUGCAAUUCGGUUUAGUGACAGGCGCUAUCGUUGGUACCACAGCAGCUGCUUACAUGUAUGCUGAUGUCUCUGCCAACAUGGCUGAUGAGGGUCUCCAUCCUCCUAGCCAUCCCUGGCCUCACAGUGGUCCUCUCGAUACUUUUGAUCAUGCUUCUAUCCGUCGUGGUUAUCAGGUUUACAGAGAGGUUUGUUCAGCCUGUCACUCUCUUGAUCGUAUCGCUUGGAGAAAUUUGAUUGAUGUCUCUCACUCUGAGGAUGAAGUCAAGGCCAUGGCCGAAGAAUUCGAAUAUCAAGAUGGACCUGAUGAUAAUGGUGAGAUGUUCAUGAGACCCGGCAAGCCUGCUGAUUAUAUGCCCAAACCAUACCCUAACGAUGAAGCUGCUCGUGCUGGUAAUGCUGGUGCUUUGCCCCCAGAUCUUUCAUUGAUUACCAAGGCUCGUCAUGGUGGUGAGGAUUACGUUUUUGCUCUUUUGACAGGUUAUGUUGAUGCCCCUGGAGGUGUUGAAGUUCGUGAAGGUUUGAACUAUAACCCUUACUUCCCCGGUGGCGCUAUUGCUAUGGCUCAAACUCUCUUUGACGGUGUUGUCGAGUAUGAGGAUGGCACUCCUGCCACCGCCUCUCAAAUGGCCAAGGAUGUCUGUACUUUCCUUGCUUGGGCUGCUGAACCCGAACACGAUGACCGUAAGAAGAUGGGUAUGAAGGCUACCAUUAUUACUGCUGGUUUGGUUGCUUUGUCUGUCUACCUCAAGAAAUUCAAGUGGGCUCCUCUCAAGACUAGAAAGAUUGUUUACAAUCCUCCUAAAUAA